CGCCCCUUCCACAAUCCUCACUUCCACUUUUAAGCAAACUUGCUUCUGUCGGUUUAUAAAAUGUUUACCUUAAAAUUUAAAUACGUGGUGUUUGAGUACGUGUACAGUACAUUUCGGUACUCCUCUUUUAUUUAACGUGUCCUGUCUUUACUUCAAUUUUUUGCUGAGGUGUUAUCGAUUGAUCAUCUACGAGUGCAGCCCUACACUACAAUAUCGACAAUGGCGAUUGAAAAAAUUUGCUGUCUCGGCGCGGGAUACGUGGGCGGUCCAACAUGCAGCGUAAUCGCGAUGAAAUGUCCCGAAAUAAAAGUAACCGUCGUCGAUAUGAGCAAAGAACGAAUCGCCCAGUGGAAUUCCGAUAAGCUUCCAAUUUAUGAGCCCGGCCUAGACGGCGUGGUGAGGGCGUGCAGAGGAAGAAAUUUAUUCUUUUCGACCGAUUACACCACCGCCAUAUUGGAGGCGGAUAUCAUUUUUAUUUCGGUGAACACGCCGACCAAAACUUUCGGAAAUGGAAAGGGGCGAGCUGCCGAUCUUAAAUACGUGGAAGGCGCCGCGAGAAUGAUAGCGGAAAUUGCUCAAAGUAAUAAAAUAGUUGUCGAAAAGAGUACCGUUCCGGUUCGUGCCGCCGAAAGUAUUUUAAAUAUACUGAGCGCUAACAACAAACCGGGCGUUUCUUAUCAGAUACUGUCGAAUCCUGAGUUUUUGGCGGAAGGCACUGCAAUUGAAGAUCUACUGCACCCAGAUAGGGUUUUAAUUGGUGGUGAGGAGAGUGCGGCAGGGCAUGCCGCGAUUGAAGCUUUAUGCAGUGUUUAUCAACAUUGGAUACCUAGAAAAAACAUUCUCACCACUAACACCUGGUCGUCUGAGUUAUCAAAGCUGGCUGCCAAUGCUAUGUUAGCGCAAAGAAUAUCCAGUAUAAAUUCACUAUCGGCAGUAUGCGAAUCGACUGGCGCCGACGUAUCGGAGGUGGCCCGCGCGAUCGGUUUGGAUUCGAGAAUUGGCUCAAAAUUUCUUCAAGCUUCAAUAGGUUUUGGCGGGAGCUGUUUCCAAAAGGACAUACUGAACCUUGUAUAUAUUUGCGAGUGCCUAAAUUUGCCAGAGGUCGCCGCCUACUGGCAGCAAGUGAUCGACAUGAACGAGUACCAAAAAACGCGAUUUACAGCGAAAGUGGUGCAAGCACUGUUCAAUACAGUGAGCGGAAAGCAAAUUGCUUUGUUAGGUUUCGCGUUUAAGAAGAAUACGGGCGAUACACGAGAAAGUCCUGCGAUUCAUGUCGCUAAAACACUUCUUGACGAGGGCGCUACUCUCCAUAUUUAUGAUCCUAAGGUUGAAGAAUCACAAAUAUUUGAAGAUUUAACGCAUCCCUCAAUUUGUGAGAGCCCAGAAUAUGUAAGGAAAUCUGUCAAAAUUCACGAAGAUGCGUACACUGCCACGGCCGGUACCCAUGCCAUUGUAUUAUGCACCGAGUGGGAUGAAUUUAUAUGUUUAGAUUAUAACAAAAUUUACAAUGGAAUGAUGAAGCCCGCCUAUAUUUUCGACGGGCGCAAAAUCUUGAAUCACAGCAGGUUAUUAGAAAUUGGAUUUCAUGUCCACACGAUCGGGAAAAAGUUGAAUCGUCCCAUUGCCACUAGAUGUUGGAGUAACAGCGGAACGUUCCCUUGACUGUGCCAUUAUGGCAUUUUGUUUUUAUUCCCAGUACUUAAUUCAUUCUUUUUAAAGGUCUGUUUAACGAAUAUUUCACUAUGUAAGUAUUAUUUUUAUAUUUGUAUGAAACAUACAAAUACCAGUAUUGAACUUUUUAUCAGCUUAUAUAUUCCUAUGUGCAAUUUAUUUUUAUAAGAGAAAAUUGUAAGAUAUUUUAUAAUUAAUUCUAAUAAAGAACCAAUUUGUGAAUGUCA